AUGUUGGCGCGGGCUGUGUCUCGACCGUGGUCGCCGCAGGGUCUCAGCGCUCUCAGCGCUAAGGACGAGGGAAACCAGGCGCUUCCCCGUCUUCAUCCUCAUCCCCGUCCGCGACACCUUUCCACCCAGCCUGCAGAUUUUCUGCCGUGUCCAGUCGUGAGCUUCAUCUCCGGUACACCGGCUAUCACGCGGAGCGGCGGCGACAGCGCGCACUCUCCUCUCUUCCUGCGACGGACAUCCCUCACCUUCAGGCGACCUGUUCGCUCUGAAAAACUAUGUACUCCCUUCCGACCCCUGCAAUCCUUCAGAGAACGCCCGCACUAUUCACGUCGUCUCAGUCAUUGUGCAACCCACCAGAUCCGACUCAUCCUCGUUUCCUCCAUCGUCAUCACCUCCCUCCUUUUCCCUGCCAUAGCCGUCUACACCUCCCCCGAAACGCACUUCUUCGCCGGUUUCACCCUCCGCGUCCUGGAUUCCUUCGUCGCCUCUGACGACCUCUCGAACUACUUUGUCCAAAACGACCUACGACAUUUGUGGGAAGGACAUUCCACUCUGCGCGUCCGCGAGGAUUCGGUCGCCCGUGUCCAAUGCGGUAUGCAAGGCAUCCUGCGCUCAGAGCGCGUCAUGGUAGGCAGCCUCUCCUCAGAAUAUGGCCUCGAGGCUCUGGAGCGCAACACGCUCAUAUCCGCGCUCGACCUCGAGCGUCGCAUAUCAAAUAUCAUCUCGCGGCGCAGAAUACCAUGUGUCAAAACGCCGGCAGGCUCUUGUUUCUCACUCAGUCCGCUUGCGUUCUGGAAUCACGACCAGCACGCAAUUUUGGCGGACGACAACAUCUUGGAUACUGUCAAUCUCGCGCACAACAUCUCCGUUUCCGGCGUCCCCAUCAGCCCCGACAUGGUUCUCGCCGGACGGGAGCAUCGCGAUCCGACAUCGUCGUCCUACAUUGACUCUGCCAUGUUCCUGGUCCUCACAUACCUCUUCCCUGACCGGGACUGUCUCGGAAACGUGGGGCACUUUGAGUGGCUGCGUGUGUUAAAGGAAGCAGCGGGCUACAGUGCUGAUUUCGUCGUGCAAACGCAGGCACCCAAGCUGGUGGCGCUUGAGUACGACAAGGACGUAUCGAUGAAGGGCGACCUGAGCAUCCUGUCUGUGUUUUGCUACGCCGCCUACCUUGUAUUCUUCGUGUAUGCCUUCCACUCGAUGAGACGCAUGGACACCGUCCAUUCGCGCUUCGGUUUGGCGGUGACCGGGAUGGUGGAGCUGAUAGUCAGCACGAUUACCAGUCUGAGCGUCUGCGCGCUUGUGGGGUUCAGGAUGACAAUGGUUCCCUGGGAGUUGUUCCCAAUCAUUGUCAUCUUCAUUGGGGUGGAGAACAUGUUCCAUAUCGUCGAUGCGGUGCUCAAAACAUCUGUCACGAUCCCAGUGAAGGAGCGAAUAGCUCAGGGUCUGGGCCAGGCUGGAACCUCCAACACGCUCAAGGUCGUGUCGUACAACACCGUGCUCGGUGUGAUCGCAUUCUUUUCCAGCGGUGCCAUCCGCCAGUUUUGUGCGUUCUCAAUUGUAGUCCUUGUGGCACACUGGUUCUUGGUCCAUACAUUUUUCGUCACGGUGUUGUCGAUUGACAUCCAGCGUCUAGAACUAGACGAGCUGUUGCGCCAAGAUAGUCUUGCUCCUUCCGAGAGUCCCAAGGCCAGUCCAAUGCGGACUCUGCCUCCGCCAAAGACAUGGAGUCAAGCCCUGACUGCGGCGAAGAACACGAUUCGCGGGCGUCCCGCGAAGAACCUCAGCCUCUUUCUCGUGCGUCUCGCUUUUGAGUGUGAAGUUCCGCCAACUGAUCAUGCCCCAUUCAAGCUGCUCGCGAUUACAGCGACCCUCUAUUUUGCCACAUCGCCGUCCUCUGUGUCGCUCAAGGAUGACACUCGGGCGUCUCUCACGCACAACUCCUUGCGCCAGUUUCAGAAGGUGACCGCCACAGAUCGCGUGUCGCCUGCGUUCCGCGCCUGGCAGGUUCUCAGCCCUAACGAUGACACGCUAGUCCAUGUCCGCAUUGAGUCCCCGUCGAUCAUCAUGCUCGCGCCUGGGGACGAUGCGCAGACAGACCAGCAGGAGCUGAGGGCGGAGAGCGAGAGGGCGUUGCGUCCACGUGUGUCGAGGGUGUCGCGACUGUGGACACGCAUGGCGAGGCAGGUGUGGUGGCUGAUCAAGAUCAUCAUCGUCCCGAUAACGGCGACGACGAUGGCGCUGUAUGCGCUUCUGUUGUAUCUGCUCAAGAACGUCGAGCUCCUUGAAGCGAAUCGACAGCGCCCCGAGGAAGAGUCGCAGAGCGCAGACGAGUCGUGUGUCGAGGACGAGAUUGCAUUCACGACGCUUCCGCGCGCGUCGCCCACGGACGUGGAGGUGAUCGCGACGAGCAAGGAUGGCAAGGUCGUCGCCGGUCUCGGGCUGCAGAACGAGUUCGUCAUCUGGCGCACUGACACGACGGCAUUCACUACGGUCGACACGUCGGACAUCCUGCUCAGCAGCGCGAGCACCGCGUCAGUGGCAACGACGCUGACCGCGUUGGCCAUCAACGAGGUUGGGUCUAUCUGCGCGGUCGGCACUGGGACCGGGGUCAUCGGGAUUUGGUCGGUGGGCAAGGAUGACGUCAAGCCGUUUACGCAACUCUAUCUGGACAAUACGUGUGCUGCCGCGGUCACGCAACUGCACUUUGGAUACGCGCAUUCUCGCCCGCCGUCCCCGGUGCGACCACCUACACCGUCGCCGCCCGCCACGGAGCAUGCUCAUCUGGAAGAUAUGCUGUCGCUGUAUGCAACGUACGACAAUGGCAUGGUCGUGCGGUGGGAGGUGCAGGCGAGUCCGCGCGCGCGCUACAUCACGCCGUCGCGCUCCGCAUCUGUAGUCAAGUCGAUGCUGCUUCCGGUCAACGGCGACGAACGGCUGUUGGUUGGAUUCUCCCUGGAAGACGGGACGUUCGAGCUGUGCGAUGUUGACCAGCGUGACAAGAUGGUGGCGCGCGAGUGUUGGAUCGCAGCUGGGAACCCGCAGGACCUGGUGUGCAAGGUCGACGUAUGCAAUGCUGAGCUUGACGGAAGGCGCCAUGUGAUCAUCGCUGCGGCGACGCGGGCUGGGGUCGUCUCUCUCUGGGCGGCUGCGAAGCGCGAGUGCUUGUUCAUCCUAGACGAGCCGUUCGGCGAUAUUGGGCACCUGAGGCUGACCCCGGUGCAUAUGAGUACAUGCUCAACGUGCGGCGAGCUGCCGUGCGAGAACUUCCUCGUCUCAUUUUCGGUCGGCCAGCUCAUACUCAUACACCGUGCAUAUCUCCAUCUCCCGACUAGACGGUGCUCGUGUCCACGCAGCCAGCCACUACCGACGCUCCGCGCAAGUGUGCUCGGACACCGGUCGCGCAGCGGCAGCGCGGCCUCGCUUGCGUCGUCCAACGGCAGUGCAACACCCCGCUCCCGCGGUCCAUCUUUCUCAUCCACCAGCUCGGGGCUCGACACUUUCCCCGUCUCGGCGCACGGCGUGCAUUCGCGGCGGGCGUCAGAGAAGGAGAGCCACCGCCGGAGCCACGACAUGUUCUUCCUCAACUCGGACUGCGACGACGCGGAUGGGCACCCGGUCGGGCCGAUCGACGUGUCGCCCGCGGCGGGCUUCCUCUCGUCGCAUCCGCCGACGUCGAUCUGGCAGAGCCUUGUCGUCAUGCGCAUCGCGGACGCGAUGGCGGAGCGCGGCAGCUGGGACGUCAUGGGCGAUAAGAUUGUGGGCAUCCGCCGGCGCCCUCGCCCGCCUUUCGUCAAGGGGCGGGCAGACCACAAGGUGCAGCUGAAGGUCGAGUCCCCGCGCGGCCUGAGUGCGUCGACGCUCGAGCGGUGGGAGCUGUGGACGUUCGAUCCGGAGGAGUCGCGGCUGCAAGCGUCGUCGCUCAUCGUGCUCAAUCGCGACGUGGAUGACCGGCUGAGCCUGAAGCGCAAGCGGGACAACGCGGCCGCAGAGCCCUCUGCGUCUGCACAGGCCCCGCGUAGGGCCGGCGUGGGCGUCAUCCCGAGACUACAUUUCACCCGCGUCGCGCCGCUCGUUAGCGGCCCGAGGUUCUGCCUUGCUGGUUUUGGGAACACGGUCGGCGUGCUUGAUUUUAGCGGACGCGCGAUCGCAUACAGCUUGUCGUUUGACAUCAACCUUGAUUCCGAAGUUCGAGCCUCAGAUGUCUCGCCCUGCAUCUCGUCUUUCGCCCACUUCUACCUGCACAGAUAUAUUCCUGGCCGUGGUGGUUUCUUCCCGCUUCGCACCCUCAUUCACCAGAAACAGCCGAUGCGCUUGUACCUGGUCCACAAUGACCCCGAGCGCAUGACGCUCGUCUCCGCGGAGGGCGUGGCGCACUACCAAGUCACCACGUCCAAAUCGCAUACAUUCGGCGGGCCCGCUGUAUCACGCAUCCGGCGACCUGCCCAGACGGAGAGCGAGAGUCUAGUCGCAGAGAUCGAGUGGCGGCGGCUGUGGGGCGCGCAUCCCAUCGUUCGGAGCAGGGUCUUCGACGGCUCCGACCAGGAACUACUCGUGAAGGAGCUCCUGUACAAGGUCGGGAAUAAGUUCAGCUUGACGCGUUACUUUCUCGGCAACGACGACGAGGUCUACCGCUGGAAGGCUGUGAAAGGCAUCGGCUCGUUGUUGACCAAUGACAAAACAGGUGAAGAGGUCGCGCGUUUCUCGCAAGACUUUGUUGAGGACGGCUUCUUCCGCGGCGAGAAGAAGUGGUUUUUGCAGAUUCAGCUCACGUCCCUCAGCGUCGACAUGAUUGUGAUCACUUUUAUGAUUAUGGAGAAGAAACGACGCGACCGUGUUGCUGAUCAUCAAGCCGUCCGGGUCUUGGAUCAUGACGAAGAUCUUGCCGAUGGUGGUGGAAUUGAGGCAUAA